UCAGCCGUGACGCUUCUCCUCCCUAUCGCCUUGAGGAAGUCGCCGGGUCCUACCGUUUGCAGCCGUGCAGUGUGUCCUUGUAGGACAGACGAGAGCAAUGGCAGGGGCUCUCCCCUGGGGAUUAGGCAGGAGCCUUUGGGGCUGGGUGCCCUUAGCCUGCAGGAGCUUUUCUCUGGGCGUUCCAGGAUUGUCCCGUGUAAGACUCACCCUCCCACCCCCUAAAGUCGUCGAUCGUUGGAAUGAGAGGAGGGCCUUGUUCGGGGUGUCUGAUAACAUUGGGAUCCUGGGUGACUUUGAGAAACACCCCAAAGAACUGAUCAAGGGCCCCAAAUGGCUUCGAGGUUGGAAGCGGAAUGAAUUGCAACGUUGCAUCAGAAAGAGGAGCAUGGCUGGGAAUCCACUGUUCCUUGAUGAGCUGCACAAGCUUAACAGACGCGUUCGUUAUCUUUACAGACAUUUUAGUCGGCACGGAAAAUACCGCUAG